UUUGAGGACCAGGGUUGGCCAGCAAUGGUCGAUGUCUUGAGACGAGUCUCCCCCACUUCGGUGUAUUACCACAAAAACAACUACCGUUGGAUCACCUCACCAUCACCAGCAGACGGAGGAGGAGAGAGGACAGCUGGAGCUGCUGCUCCUCAAUCCCAGCUAUGUGAUGCUCAGCCACCUAGCCCUGCAGAGAUGCCACAAUCAGAGCCUUUCAACGCUGUGGUCCGAGAACUGUCAUCUUCAGCUGUAGAUGAUGGGGCCAUAUUCAGAAAGAGAAAGUUACAAUGCAAUACAGGGGUGACUGCUAGGAAAAAGAGGAGGCUUUCUCCAUGUACCAGCACCCCACAACUCCUUGACCCUGAUCACGUCUUGACAUGGCUGGAAGAAGAGUUGUGGUCUUUCCUUCUGCAGCAGAACUGGGUCCAGUUCUGGCCAGUUUAGUGGCAUCACGGGCUGAGAAAGCCAUAUCCUCUCGUGGCCGGUUCACACUUGGUCUUUCUGGAGGAAGUCUUGUGAACAUCCUUAGCAAGGAGCUGCCUGCUUUGCCCGAGUUGGACUGUAGCAAAUGGGUGGUAGGCUUUUGUGACGAACGACUGGUUUCCUUCGAUGAUCCAGAAAGUACUUAUGGACUUUACAAGAGUCAGCUGUUUUCCAAGGUCAACAUCCCUGACAAUGCAGUCUUAACCAUUGACUCGUCUCUGUCUGUGCAAGACUGUGCUGAGGAUUACACUCGUAAACUGAAAAAGGCCUUUCCAGAUGACGAGUUUCCUGUAUUUGACCUGUUACUCCUGGGGAUGGGACCUGAUGGACACACAUGUUCCCUUUUUCCAGACCACCCUCUUUUGGAGGAGAACAAGAAGAUAGUGGCCCCCAUCAGUGACUCCCCCAAACCACCCCCUCAACGUGUCACAAUGACUUUUCCAGUGGUGAACGCUGCACGCUGUGUGUCUUUUGUAUCAACAGGAGGCAGCAAAGCACAAGUUUUGAAGGAGGUCCUGGAGGGUAGAGAAGGUUCUGUUUAUCCAGCUGCUCGUGUUGCCCCAACAAAGGGGGAAUUGUUCUGGCUCCUUGAUGACCCAGCAGCUGCUUCCUUGUCUAUCCAUGUAGAGAGACCAGGAUCAGGAGAAACACUUUAAAACUCCCACUGACAUCAAAGGAGCAAGUUUGUUUACUAAAAAUGGUUUAGUUCAUUCCCAAUUGUGUGAGAUAUUACAUUGAAUAAUAAAAUAAAAUACACUGUCCUUACUUUGUGGCAGGA